AUAGUUGAACACCACUUUUACUUUGAAAGUGUAACACUUUUCACACAAAGAUGUGCUUUCAUUCUUAGCUUUGGAUUAUGUUCUUGAUAGCUGAACACUAUCUUUCUUCAUCUGAUACUAACCAAAUAGGUUGAAAAAAAAAGAAAGAAAAUUUGUUCAUCAGCAUAGCCAGAGAUGGCUUAUGCUGCUCUUGUCUCCCUUGAAAACACCAUACACCGAUUCCUGAAUUCUGAUCUGUUUUCCAUCUCUGUUGAAGAAGAGCAACAAAUCACAUCUCUGUGCGAGUCCAUUCGAGACUUUCUCAAAGUAUUUCCAGGCGAAUCCAAGAGUUGGGAUGAGCAAAUGAGGGAGCUGGCUAAUGCAGCAGAAGAUAUUCUAGACUAUCUUGUUCUGGAAAAAGUUUUUUUGCCUUGCGAUAACGAGUUUGAAUCCUGGUUAACUGGAGAAUACGAACUCGAGCUGGAAAAUGCUAUCAACGAGACUUGUUUGAAGCUGGACGAAGUGAGGGAAGAGUUUCCGAAAGAUUCCUCAGACAAAGCCAAAGCUAACAGAUUGAAAAACCGAAUCAGGGACAUAACGAAUGAAGUGGGAGAUAUCCGAAAGCUUUACAACUGGGAGAAAACUCACACUCGUUUUCGAGACAAGUGGAGAUUUUUACCAGCAGAGCUUGCCAAAUUCGAGUCCAAACUCCAGUUUAUACACCACUUGAAGAAGAGAAGGGAUGAAAUUGAUUUGAUCAGGGAGGAGGUGAUGGCCAUCAAGAAUGAUAGCAAUGCAACCACUUCAGCAACUACACUUGCACCAGUUGAUGAUUUAGUUGGUUUCCAUCAUGAUGAUGUUGAUGGCUCGAAGCGCCAUCGAAGUGCAAAACAUGAGCUCCAGCUGAAAAAAGUUAUGGAGGAGAUUGCUUUGUUUUCUGCAAAAGUGAAGAACAUAAAGGUUAGUUCCAGCAGAAAAGAAGUUCAACAUGGUGCUGACUCUUCGGCUCCACCCAUCCACAAAAGUUCCAUGGUUGGUUUUGAAGAUCACGUGAAGAACAUCAGGGACCGGCUCUGUGGAAAUCCAUCCAAGCUCCAAGUCAUACCGGUAUGUGGUAUGGGGGGCAUCGGCAAAACUACUCUCGCCAGAAAUGUUUAUGACGAUAAGCAAAUAAGGGAGAAUUUCACCAUUUGUGUUUGGGUUACUAUAUCACAGGAUUACAGUGCACAGAGAAUUCUUUCAAACCUUCUGGAGUCCCUGAAAGAAUUCGAUAAAAAAGGUGGAAAGGAAGUAAGCACUGACAAAAAAGUGUACCAAAUUUUAUCAGGCGUGAAAUAUUUAGUCGUGAUGGAUGAUAUCUGGACAAGUGAGGCGUGGGAUAUUGUAAGGAAUGUGUUUCCUAACAAUGAUAAUGGAAGUCGUAUCAUGCUAACUACAAGGUUGUAUGAUGUGGCUUCUUAUCCUGAUCGUGAAAUCAAGCCUUAUGACUUGGGUUUACUAGAUGAAGAUCAGAGUUGGAACUUACUUAAGGAGAAGGUGUUUGCAAAUCAAGACUGUCCUUUCGAUUUGGAGAACACUGGGAAGGAUAUCGCAAGAAGCUGCAAAGGGUUACCCCUCGCAAUCGUGGUGAUUGCGGGACUUUUAUCUACGGUCACUAAGAAUCCAGCUUCGUGGAUGGAGAUUGCAGAAACGGUGAAGUCUGCAAAAACAGCAGAGCAAGAGCAUAUUGAAGAGAUACUAUCUUUGAGCUACGUGGAAUUACCUCAAUUAUUGAGGCCAUGUUUCUUGUACAUGGGCUCGUUUCCAGAAGAUCAUGAGAUAUAUACCACGAGACUCAUUAGAUUAUGGAUAGCUGAGGGCUUUGUCAAAUUUCCAAGUGACACCAAGUGCUUUGAAGAGGUGGCCGAAGAGUUUUUAGAUGAACUUGUGAAGAGAAACCUUGUUUUUGUAACAAAAAGGAAAUCUGAUGGGAGAGUUAAAAGUUGCGGCCUCCAUGAUCUGAUACGGGAGCUGUGCAUAAGGAAAGCUCAUGAAAGUAAGUUUUUUCUGAAUUUGAUGGAUAAGCAUAUUGAAAAGGAGAAUUUUAUGGAUAGCAUAAAAAAUCAGCGUCGGGUAAGUACUUCUAAACUAAGUUUCUUUUCAAGCUAUGGUGGAUCAACUAUCCAUUCCAUUAAAUGCUUCAAGUAUCAUAUAGUAGAACUGGACUUUGUCGAAGGAGUUAGAUUGGUUAGGGUGUUGGAUGCUGAAGCUGCUGAUGUGGAGUACUUGCCAUCUCAAUUAUUUGAGCUAUUUCAUUUGAGAUACCUUGCUGUUAGAUAUAGUCAUAGUAUCCCUAGAAUCUUAUCAAACCUUCAAAAUCUGCAAACCUUAAUCAUUCGUGCAGAAAAGAGAUCCAAGUUCGGAGUUAUAGUAGCUGGUGGGAUGUUGGUGCCGUGGUGCAUGCAACAACUGAGACAUGUUUACUUUCAGGGGGUGAUUUCCUUUGCUGAUCCCAAAGAAACAACUUGUUCACUGGAAAAUUUGCGCACGGUUUUGUCUGUGAACAGUACAUGUUGUAGCGAGCAGAUCUUGAAAAAGAUCCCAAACCUUAAAAAACUGAAGGUUGAAUGUUCUCAUGGUAAAGAUGCAGGUCGCCUGAAUGAUCUGGUACAUCUGCAUCAACUUGAGUGUUUGGAAGUAUAUGCUGGUCGUUGGGUUGGACAUUGGCCCAAGAGCUACAAUAUUACUUUUCCGGAGAUGCUCAAAAAGUUGACUCUGAGGGAUUUAAAACAUUCUUGGAACGACAUGAUUGUUGUUGGUUCAUUGCCAAAUCUUAAAGUUCUUAAACUGAAAGAUUGCACUUGCAAUGGUGGCACAUGGGAAACAACUGAAGGUACAUUUCCAGUGUUGGAAGUUCUUCUAGUUGAACGUUCAGGGUUUAAGAACUGGAAAACUGAAAGUGGCCAUUUCCCCAUGCUUAUACGCCUGCUACUUCAUUCUUGUUGGGAUCUCAAUAAGAUUCCAACUGAUAUUGGAGAAAUUUCACGUCUCCAACUGAUUGAGGUUAAGGGUGAUGUGAAGGAGUCUUUAUUGAAGUCAGUUGAACGGAUAAGAAAGAAACAAAAAGUUCUGGGGAACAACACCCUUCAAGUUGUCUGCCUUGCUACGCCGUCCAAACGUGUAAGCAAUUAUUCUUAUGAGAGUGAUAAUGCUGCUGCUGAUGAAGAUGAAGAUGAAGAUAAAGAUGAAGAUGGAGAUGAAGAUGAAGAUGAAGAUGACGAUGAAGAUGAAGAUGAAGAUGAAGAUGAAGAUGAAGAUGAAGAUGAAGAUGAAGAUGAAGAUGAAGAUGAUGAAGAUGACGAUGAUGAAGAUAACGAUGAUGUACCUUCCUCAUGAUUAAAUUCAAAUAGGUAAGAGGAUGGGAAAGUGUUAAGUGUGUUAAAGCUUUAUCAAAUUGACUUUACUGAAGAGGUUUUCUAAGAUUAUGUGUGUUAUGGAACUUGUUUCAAUUUGUUUAAUCGUUCUGUAAUCGAAUGUUAAAAUGGUGUGUUAUAUUAAUAUGUUCUUAUUAUUGUGUAGAA